AUGCAUAAGGGUACCUGUUUGAAAAGAGGAUGCUGUUGGGAUGAUUCCACUAGCUCCUGCUACGCUAAACCAGGAACAUGUACGAUAUUAAAUGUGACACGUAUAUGUUUAUGUGGUGUAAGACAACUUAUUUCUAGCGACAUGGAGGUUUCCAUUGUCGCCUACGAAUAUGGAUGGAAUCCCUAUAGAUGUCGCAACAGAUUAACAGGUGAAACUCCCACCGAGGUAGGCUGUGUGCAGACGCCCAUCUGCACGUAGGAUAUCCACGGGGGAUGUAUUCCAGCAAUGUCCAAACCUCAAAAAUUACACCCUAUUCAAGGAAAAAACUAAAACUAAGAAUUGGGUGUCGCAGCUUUAUUUUCUUCCUGUAACUUGGCAGUGUAGUAUUAACAAAUGAUUAAUUGUUUUUCGUGUAGCUGGGCAUCAGAUUCGCACUUGAAUUUUUGCUGAUACAAUUUAUUUACUCUACAUUAAUCUGAGGAUCUCACCGGGAACACAAUGCUAACAAGGGCAAAAAUGGUGCCCUAAUUUAGGAACAAAACCGUCAAAAACCAUACCCUUUGCCUGGCACAUACCUAUCUAUAGCUCAUAUAUGGAAGUAGCCCCCGGAAACUCCCAACUGGUCGGAGAUAAGGAGGUUAGCUGUUUUCAAAGAAUUCACUAAGACGUUGACAUCAAAAGGCGAUACUGUUGAAAACAACCAGAGAAGGACUGGAACUCAGCUCUUUCUAGGCGAGGCUUAGAGUGGACAAAUGCAUCAUAAAGCGGACUUGGAUAUUUUUCUAAUAAACACUAGUGACAAACUAAAUUAUAAAGUAGCCAAUCCAUAUGCACUUUUUUUUUCCUUUUGUUUUAACUAUUACUUUUUAUUAUUAUCAUUUUUUAAAGGGAUCCCUGAUGAACUUUGCCCUAUCGAGCCCUCUAAACGAAAACAGUGCGGCAGUGAUGACAUAACCAAGAAGCAGUGUCUGCGUAGAAGCUGUUGCUGGGACGACAUAGUGCCAGGGGCGACGAAAUGUUUUGAACAACCUGAACCUGGUAAGUAGAUUCGUCACACUUUACCGAUUACAUGUUCCUCUGCCGUCCGGUGUGUGUGCGGUUUUUGCAGAAUUUAGUGACGACUUCAACGCUCAAGUAAAUUAGCGAUAAUUUCCCGGCGAUGCCUAGUGUGCGAAUUUUGAUACGUUUUUCUGUUCAAAGGCUGCCAAAUACCUAGUUUCAGUUUAGUAUCUUGGCUGAUACUAUGACGAUAUAUUUUAAGUGGUUAUGUUCUGGUUCAGUUUUAUCCUUGGUUUAAAUUUUAUUUUUCGGUUGUUGAGAUAUUUUGAAAAAAAUAGCUAAUAUGUCAGUGGUCUGAAUUACCAAAUCCAACACUGUUUUGAAUGUAUUUAUAAGCUAUUUUACUUUUUUUAACUUUUUUUUUUGUGAAAUAGGUUUUGGGUAUAGGAAUCAGUACCCAUCUUUGAUUUGUGAUAAAAGCAAAAUGUACGUGUUCAGACAAUCCGCAGAGUUGAAAUAUACUUUUGGAAGAUCGUAACAAAUAGUAAGAUAAAGCGUAGCAAGCCGUCAUCUCACAGCAACCGCCCGGCGCGGCAAUAAUUUGAAAUGAACAAAGCACAAAGGACGAUUUAUUUAUUUCUUAUCACAUGCUUUUGUCACAUCACCGCAGUGCGCGAAUUCGUGAUUUCAGUCGCGCGUGACAUCUCGGGAAAAAUAUGCCAUGCAUGUGGAGAAUAAUUAAUAACAGGAGGAUUACCAUAUGGCGGAAUUUAUUCAGAUCUGAGCAUUUUUUCUUGCAACGUAAGGAGGUCAGAUAUUUGCUUGGAAAGUUUAUUUAUCAUAUAAUUUAGGGCUUAUUUUAGAUAAACAUGUGUUGACCGUAUACACCGAAUGCAAAUAUGGCGGACCUCUCGCCCGGCCCGGGUCUAGUUGCGCGAAAGCGAGGCUAGUGAGGCCUCAAGAGUUUUGUUUUGACUGCGCGUCUUAGCGAUUGAGUCGAUCGAUAUGGCUUGCUUCGAGUUGCUGCGUGCCUGAUCGCCACCAAUUUACUCUCUUUACUUUUCCGAGAUUCUUUCACAAAGAAAGUUAAGGAUUCAUGCGAUUCGGCGCGGCGAUAGCAAACACUUUACAGAGAAAACGCAACUGUGCUCGCUUCACUUGCUUUACUAUACAAAGCUGCCAUAUUCCUAAGCUUUUGUACAUUAUGCUUUUGUUUCCCCACUAAAAUGCUCCACCUUAAUGCUCCACCUUAAUGCCCCCCCUUUAAAAAAAAAAAUCCGGGAACAAUUAACCCUUAUUUUUAUUUUCUCUGAAGAAAUGCGUGAAAAGUGCCAUAAAAUGCUCGAAUAAUGCGUAAUGCUUAAUUUGCUUCACUAAAAUGCUCAAAGAAAUGCAAGCAUAAUGUACAAAUGCCUACAUAUUGCCUCACUUGACUUACUGCAGUACCAUUUGGCAUUUCUGCAGAGCCUCAGACAAACGUAAAGUUGAAAGAUUAAUUACACUCAGGAGAGAGCCCUUAGAGUAGUUUUCAACCAUGAGUCAGUCUCCUACGACGAACUGCUGAGGCUGGCUGAACUCCCUUUACUUGUCAACGGAAAGCUUCAGGAAAUUGUGAUUCUCAGGUUUAAAGGGGCUGUGUCACGGCAGUCCACUUCAUUUUAAUUUUUGUUUAAUUUUGCCAAUUACUCGCCCUCAAUUGCUAUGGAACUUAAAGUAAGGAAAGAAAUUACAUGUAAAUGACAAAAUCAGAGAUCCGUGACAAACAAAUAUGUCUCCUGAGCUUUAUUUUUGUAGUUGCAAGCAGCAGUGAUCAACUAUGAAAAACUGUUAGGCUGAAGAGUUUUCAGAAACACUAAUUUCAAUCCGUUUCAGUCUUCUCCAGUUUUGCCUAUCCGUGGCAUCUGUUGAUUCUGUUAUGUUAUUUUAACCUUCCUUCAAAGUUUUAAGCGGUUAUUUUUAUGUUUCUCUUAAUUUAAUGGAUAUUUGGUAAUUUAACCUAAUUUGGCUGAGUUCGUGGUCGACACAGUUCCUUUAAGGCAAAAAAGAAUCAACUUCCAAGUCAAAUACAGGAACUUUCAUGCUGAAAGCAAACAGUGACAGGAGAUAUUCGUUAAGAAAUUUGGAUUUCAAUCUGCUUCGUUUUCAGUACGAUUAAAUAUGGAAAGCAUUCAUUAAAAUACUAUGGCCCCUUCCUCUGGUCGAAACUUGCAAAGGAAUUACGUGCCGAGGAUAAACUGGGCAGAUUGAAGACUAAAAUUAGCAGAACAGACCUGACUGCCUUAACCGAGGAUGGCUGUUAUAGAAAUUGCAUGCUUCGUAAUAAUUAACUUUGAGACCCUAUGUUACAAAGCAAAAUUUUUAUCCUGUUAUCAUAUAGUUACAUACAUUUUUUUUCGUGUAAAUAGGUUUAGAUUUUUAACCUCCCUAGUUUUUUACUAUUUGCAUUUCUAUCUUAACAUUAUUCUAACACUAUUUUAAUAUUUGAUUUUUUAUUUAUUUGUUUAUUUUAUUCUUAUUUUUGUGUCACCAAUUAGUGCUAUGCGCUAGAGAUUCUUGACACGUUAGUAAAAUUCAUUACUACUACUUCUGCUAUGACUUUACAAGAGAGGACAUAGUCAAGGAAGUAGUUAGAAUGAAAGAAUGUUCGCAAUAGGUGGUGCUAUUCGAUGAUGUUUGCAUGAUCUGUUAUUUAGCAAUAAAUAUCACACUAAAACUUUUACUGUGAGCCUAAAAUCAUAAUUUUACUAUAGUUUUCCAUCUGAAAGUACCCAGUAAUCUUAAACGCCCCUGGGGCUACGUGUAACGAUCCAGACGAAUUCGUCCGUAGACAGGGAUUCCUCCAAUUGGAAACUAGAGAUAGAACUGUGGUCUGUCCGGCCGGAAGACUUCGACAAUCGUAAAAAAAGAUGCCAGCGGUUACAUACGGAAACCACUCUCAGGCGAUGGACGCGGUCAGAAAGUGCGUUACUUUGGGAGGAUCCGGAUCAGGAUGAGUGAUCCAAGAUCACUUGGAUCAUGAUACAUCAUAGAAACCGAUGAGUUUAAUCUGGGAAAAGAUUCAUCGGUUCAUUUUCUGCGACAUGAUCUGGGUGAUCUCGGAUCACUAAUCCGUAUCCGGAUCAUCCCAAAGAAACGCAUUCUAUCCUAGCCUUUAAUUUUUCCCAGAAUUCAAAGUACAUGAGUAAAUUAAAGUAAAUAAUGAUGUGGGACUCAGUAAAUUUUGUGAGACGGCCGCGCGCUAAGACGAUCGAGUUAUACCAUUGAGUCGCAACGCAUAAAAAGUUUUCGGGUCCACUGGAACGAUUGAACAAAUAUUUCGAAAGGAUACAAAACAUUUCGAAAUAUACAAAGUAUACACUGAUUAUUUCGAAAGCAGACGAGUACAUGGGAGCCAGGCUCAGGGGUAAAAGGCCCUGGAUGAAGUGCCACACAGUACGACACGAAAGAAUCACACGCAGUUAGAGCGGACCCUCUCACUGGUUAUUAGUACGUUUCUUAGAAAUAACCAAGUAAGUGCUUUAAUUAACAGCUCUCUGUAAUAUGAAAUUAUUUUUUUAGCAUCCGGCUGCCUAGUCGGGCCUUAUAUACACGAUGAUAUCCUUGGCGUGUGUCGACGCAUAUGUCAUUUAGACGAGAGACCAGCUGAAGACGGAACGGGCAUGUGCCGCUCUGCAGAAAACUGCUGUGAAAAAGAUUCCCGUAAGUCGCAUGGUUCUUUUGUGAAUAUAAGCGUACUCUAG